UGAAGUUUCAGGUGUGCUUUUGGGACGUCUGGUUUGUGUACAGUAAUAUGCUGAAAUAAUGGAUCUAUGAGCGCUGCUGGAAUUGGAGUUCUCAAGAGCUAAGUCACCACAGUCAUGAAACUUAGUCCUUGUCAAGCUCCAAUAUAUGGCAAGUGUUUGCUAACAGUUCAGAUCUGUGAUGAAGUGCUAAUUGAAGGAGAACAAGGCAAGGUGGAGUUCUUCCUGUUGUUCACAGGCUCCACUCAAAGGCAUCUUACCAGCACACUAAAGGUCAACCAUGUCACCCUUCAGGCUGUGUGCCCAGCCCAUAACUGCUGUGAGUCAGUGCUGGUCACCCUGUGCUCAGCGGGACUGGACGGUUUCAUUCAGUCUCUGUCCAGCGAGCACCUUUGCUUUGUGCAGGACCUGGCCUUUGACAUGGCUCAGUUCCUGGUGGGCACGGUGGGCCGGGCGGACAUGCUGGAAGAGGCUCUGCUGCUGGACGAGCAUCAAAUCCCCCUGCAGGAGUGCGAGAGGCUGGACCAGAGUCUGUCCCUGGCCCUCAGACACCUCACACUGCCCCCUGGCUGGAGCCUACUUGGGAAGAACACAGGGCUGGGGCCUCAAGAGACCCUCCUGCACUUCGCUGCACGCCUUGGGCUCUUCAAAGUAGCCUGUUUUCUCCUAAAGCAGCCAGGGGGUCGAGAGGCCCUCAACCUAUGCAACAAACAGGGGACCACCCCGACAGUCAUCGCCCAGAGCCUAGGAUACACGGCACUGUUGCAGCUCUUCAGCCAGAAGACUUCAGAAACAGAAAGUGAUGUUGAGACACUCGGGCAGAUCUCCUCGGGCCCUCGUAUGGUACAGCACCACCCUUCUCUGAACACCUACACCCUUUCAGUGGGCACCAGGCCGGGCAGCGCACCGCCCAACCUGCAGGCCGACAUCCUGGAACUGCGCAGACUGAUCAUCUGCCAUCGUCAGGGCAAGGGAGGAGCUGAGUUUCAGCAUAGCUCAGAGUCUCUGCACACUGCCCAAGCAUGUGUUGACUGCCUGGAGGCCAGAGAUUGCUGUUUUGAAGAGGCACAGCACAACUCCCUUAAUACAAGAGAGCGAAGCUUUACUUCUUUCAGCACAGAGGAAAACAAAGGAGAACGUAAUAACUGGCUGGAUACGUCACAACACAGGGAGGGUGAUGGAGGUCCCUCUCUCAGCUGUGAAAUUGCGGCGUCUCUCCUACACAAUGGCAAUAGCGAAGAUCAGCAGGCAUGUGCUUUUGAAAACAGUGAGAUUGAUUGCAGAGAGCGAGAGGAGAGCUCAGAAGCUGGUGUAGUUAGUACUGGGGAUGUGGGAGAUAGCAGUGAUGCUUUACAGAGUUCCUGCUGGCAACAGAGAGAGGAAACUGAUAAAGCUGAUGGAAUAAUCUGUGAAGCACUGGGUCGUGCUGUGGGGGCAGAAGGGGAAAAUCAGGAAGAAGAACAAAGUUCUGUAGAGGAGAAUCCAGCAGAGAAAGUGCAAUCUGAGGGUAGCCACACAGCAGAGGCAGGAGAUAUGGGAAUCACGCAAUCUUUAGACACGCCAGAAAGCUCGGAUGUGGAAUCUUUUGCUGAGACUGAUGAUGAAGAAGAGGAAGAGGAUGGGUGCAGAGAUCACUUAGAACCAGAGGAGGUAAAAGAUGGAAACAAGGAACCAUCGAAUUUGAACCCAACCUUGAAAGAUCCAUUUAUGGGAGACACAAUGUGUCAUGGAAAUGAGAUUUUAUUGAUGAGCCCAGAGCAGAAUGUAGAUACAGCUCUGGACUGCUUAGAACGAAAUUCGGUCGAGAGUGAAAAGCAUGCUUGUCGAGACUCUCGCAAUGAAACUAGUAACUUCUGUGAACCAGGAACCCAAGAGGUGGAGGAAUCUGAAGAAGGAAUGUGUGACAAUAUCUUGUGUAAUGUGGAAGGCAGUAAAGGCCAUCUUGAUUCUUCAGGAUCUUUUGAUCAAGAUGAUGUUUCAAGUGGUGCUUUAGAGUUCAAACAACUUGAGGACUGUGCUUAUGAAGGUUUACAAGACUCUGAAGAAAAGUCAUAUUCAGAAACAGAUGACGGUCAAAGAUUGAAUGACACAAGAUGUGAGCUUAAUAAUUCUAUUUUAAGGACUUCAUUUGCUAAAUAUGAUUCUACACUUUUCCAUGAAGUAGACCAAGAACUUUUGCCUGAAUUAAAAACAACUCUUUUCAUGGGAGACAUGAUGGUAGAUGGAUGUGAGAAUAAAGGACAGAUUUCUUUUCAUAUCUUACAAGAUGAGCCUGGUUCAGAACCUGAAACUCACACAUCAACCAGUGAAGACACCUUAGAACCUGAAGAUCUCUGUUCCUCAGAGGCACUUUCGCUAAGUUCUAUCUGUGAGAAACAGCGUGAGGACCUCCAAGAGAUCCAGGGGAACAAACUCACUAGUGAAGCUCAGACAACACUGGAGGAAGUUCUUGAGUCAGCAAUGACUGUAGAUAUGGAAAAUAGCACUCUCCCACAUAAACAAGACUGUCUUGAGAACCUUAGACAGGAUAUGACUUCAAAAAAUGAGGUCAUGCAGGUCACAUCAGAAACAGAUCAUUCAGAUGGGGAUGCAUGUGGAGUGUUUGUACAUACAGAUAAAUCUGGAGAUCAAGGUGUCCUAGUUGAUCUUUCAGACAUAUUUGUAAAUACAAAAGGCACUGGAAUCCCUGAGGAAAGCCCAGCAGUUACUGCAGAAGAUCUGUUGAGUUCUAUGGUCCACAGUGACUUUGAAGGUGGUGCCUUUCAUAUCGCAGAUGCUCUUGAUCAGGAAGACAUUAGGGUUACUGGACAAGAGGGUAAACAAGUCCAGGGCAGUGUAGAUCCUAUAACUCAAGAGUCAGAGGCUGAAGAACAUGAGGUUGCACAACCAAUAGGUGAAGAAGACCUGCUGAAAGAUGCACCUUUGAAGAAUGAGGUGGACUUUCAGAAGACAACGUGGCCUGAUGUCGACAUGCACAAAGAUGCACCAAUGAUCCACAGAGACAAAGACACACUGUGUUCCAAUGUUUCCCACAAGAGACACAGCCUAGCGUCCUCAGAGAGUUCACAGUAUCCAGAGUUUCACACUUGCGACUCCGAAACGGUCACAUUUCGAGACUCAGGCAGUGACACGGAUGGGUUUCUUUGUCCAGACACUGGAGAGGACAACAUCUACAGAAAGGGGCAGGAGGCAGUAGGGGGAGGUGAUAGCACGAGCGAGGUAUCCGUCUCCUGCUCCUCCACAGACGACACAGCCAGUUUGGGACAUCCCAGCUCCUCAGCCGAGAGCUCAGAGGAGGUGCGGCAAAGAGGGGAGGCAAAGGAAAAGGCCAAAGACAGGUUAACAGAGGUGCCGCUGCGCUCCUCUCUCCUUCAGUCCACCGUACGGUCACUAUUUCCGUUCCGCAGACACAGCUGGGGGCCUGGGAAGAACCAGGGAGGGAAAGGAGAAAUGAACCAGCGCAGUUCUGUACAGAGUACAGGAGAGGAAAAGCCUGUAUUUUACAGAAGAAGUUAUAGUUUGGAGGGUCUAGCAGCAGAGAUUGAGGAUGGGAAACGUUGGGUGCCACAGUCUGGAGGUCUGUCUAAGGAUCAGCGAGGGAUGCAGAGGCAGGAGAGCGAGGAGAGGGGCUCGCUAAUGUCUCUCACAGAAGAGGGUCCUGAAUCAGACUUGGGAGAAUGCAACAAUCCAGGAGGACAGAAAUCAAGGAAGUAUCAUCAGUUAAGACAAAGCUGUUCAUCUGUGACCCUCCCCCUAACAAAAUCAGUCUCUAUGCUUUCCAUCAACCAAAGGGAAAUAGAUGGCAUGAGGUCAUUCACAAGCACCACCAGUUCCAUGAGAUACAGCAUCACAGAGGAGGAACCUGGACCUUUAAGAGGGGAUUUUGAAAAAAAUUCUACCAAAGUGAGCCGAACUUUCAGCUACCUGAAGAGCAAAAUGUCAAAGAAAACCAGAGAAAAAGACAAAGAAAAGUGUCGGGAGAAAGAAAGAGAAGCCAAAGAGAAGGACAAGAAAUCAGUGAAUGGACACCAAUUCAGCCCAUCAAGCUUGCUGCAUCCAGCUUUAUGCCAGCAAUGCAACAAAACCCUUAACACUAAAGAUGCUGUUAACUGCACAAAUUGUAAUGUGAGAGUUCACAAGAGCUGUAGAGAAAAUGUCCCCUUUUGUCUAAAAGGAAACAUAAAGUUUCAUAAACAACAGUUUGCAAUACCGGAGUCAACCACAAUGCCCGUUGUCACUCUACGAACAAAAUCAUCCACAAUGCGGGAACGGCCCUGGUCUGCCAUCUUAUCUCCAGAUGAUUAUUCUCUGAUUAUCCCAUCCAGACGACCUGCCAGUAUUAUGCCCUUUCAUAGUAGCAACCUCUCGAAAAGCAUGUCCAUCAACAAUAUAGCAAUGUUUGAUGAUAUGCCUCUGAAAGGCUUGCGACAUCUAUCUCAAUCCACUGACUCCCUGCAUAAACCCAGUAAGAUCACAGAGUCCACAGAGUCUCUAGACGAAGGAACUGAGAUCAUUGACAGCCGGCUGAUGGGAGAAUUUGAGGCAGAUGUUAAAGAACUGGAGGCUGACUCCUGGAGCUUUACUGUAGAUAAGAAAUAUUUGAAGCAACUCAAGAAGGAUGCCAUUAAGAGACAAGAUGUCAUCUAUGAGCUGAUUCAGACAGAGAUGCAUCAUCUGCGGACGUUACGAAUCAUGUCAGAUGUCUACAGUAAGGGCCUGCAGACAGAUCUUCAGUUGGAGCUCCAGAUGGUGGAGAAGAUGUUUCCCAUGCUGGAAGAGCUCCUGGAGCUGCACACGUUCUUCUUCAGUGCUCUGCUGGAGAGGAAGAAGGAAGCCAGGCUGGAAGGCACAGAUGGGGGCUUUAUAAUCAACAGGAUAGGAGAUGUGCUGGUCAGCCAGUUCUCAGACGCCAAUGCAGAAAGCAUGAAGAAAAUCUAUGGCAAAUUUUGCAGUCGACACAAUGAAGCAGUGAACUUCUACAAGGAGAUGCAUGCCAGGGACAAGCGCUUUCAGGCUUUCAUCAGGAAAAAAAUGAGCUGCAGCAUUGUCAGACGUUUGGGCAUCCCGGAGUGCAUAUUACUGGUGACUCAACGGAUAACAAAGUACCCAGUGCUUUUACAACGAAUCCUCCAGCACACCAAAGAGAACAAAGAGGAUUUUGAAAACUUGACACAGGCUCUACAGCUGGUGAAAGACAUCCUUCAUUCAGUUGAUAGUAAAGUAAAUGAACAUGAGAAGAAGAGAAGGUUGAAAGAUAUCUACAGCCGUAUGGACAGCAAGUCCAUCACACGGAUGAAAAAUGGGCAGAUGUUUGCCAGAGAGGAUUUGCUGCGCAGUCGGAAGCUCCUCCAUGACGGUCCUUUGCAGCUGAAAAACACUGCUGGGCGACUGAAGGAUGUCCACGCACUUCUGCUUUCUGACGUCUUCGUUUUCCUCCAAGAAAAAGACCAGAAAUAUGUUUUUGCUUCUUUGGACCAGCGAGCCACUGUUAUCUCCCUGCAGAAGCUGAUUGUGCGAGAGGUGGCCCACGAGGAGCGUGGUCUGUUCCUCAUCACCGCUGGCAUUGAGAAACCUGAAAUGGUGGAGGUUCACGCCAGUUCCAGAGAAGAUCGCAACACCUGGAUGCAGCUUAUUCAGGAAGCCAUGCACUCUAUAGGAAAGGAUGAAGACGAGGGGAUUCCGAGUGAAACAGAGGAAGACAAGAAGCUGCUUGAAAACAAAAUGAAAGAAAUGAGAGACAUACUCCACAGGAAAGAUGAGCAGAUCAUGUCACUCCUGCUGGAGAAGAUGAAAAUUUUCCAUGAAAUGUGCGGCUCACUCGACGACUCCACUUCCCCCUUCAAAAUGCUCUUCAGGGCCAGCAAUGAAGAAGUACCUAAGGGGGAACCCAUCAUGAUGGAUGCUCUCAAAGAGGUGGAGAUGUUGCAGGCACUGGUGAACUGCAGUCUGGGCGGGGCGGUGGGGCAGCAGGUGGCCUGUGCUCAAGGGACUGUGGGGCCCGUGUGUCUGCCACGCAGAGCCGAGACCUUCGGAGGGUUUGACAGCCACCAGAUGAACAUCUCCAAACAUGGAGACAAAGAGGAGUGUGAAGAUCUUCGGAGGACAGAAUCCGACAGUGUCCUUAAGAAGGAAGGAAAUGCCAACCUGUUGCUCCUGCUGAAGAAAAACAGUGAGCAGGUCUUGACCAGUGUCACUCACCUCCACGACCUCCUGUCCUCACUGCAGGCCGUGGUUUUGCAGCAGGACACCUUUAUCGAGGACCAGCGUCAGGCGCUAAAUGAGCGCACCCCUUCCCGCACCCCAUCCCGUCCCUCCUCCCAUCCUUCCUCUCUGGUGGAGCAGGAGAAACAGCGCAGCCUGGAGCACCACCGCCAGGAGGCCGCUGCCCUACAGCGCCAGCAGGCUGCACACGCUGAGGAGAGACGACGGCGGGAGAAAGAGUGGGAGGUGAGAGAGCGGGAGCUUACGGACCGGGAGGUUCUGCUCCACGUGAGAGAGGAGGAGGUGCGGAAGAGGUACAAGGAGCUUGACGAGGCGCAGCAGGAGUUGCAGGGGAGGAAGGAGGAUUAUCAGAAGGAUCUGGAGAGACUGAGAGAUGCUCAGAGGCGGCUGGAUAGGGAGAGGGAGCAGGUGCAGAUGGAGGUGGAGCGAGUGGAGCACCUCCGGCAGGUGGAGGCACGGUGUCAGCGCACCCCCUCCAGCACUUCAGAGGACUCCCUAAAACUCCACAGCAGCAGCUCUGUGGAAAAAGAGAUCUGGGAGGGAGAGCUAUCAUCCAGCCCCAGAAAGAACUCCAUCUCUAAACACAAGGGCCGCAGCCUCUUCUCCCUGGGUAGCAAAACUCAGAGCUUAGAGGGCCAAAACCAAAUCCCCACACGACUGUUUCAGCUGGCUACAACCAAGGAGAAAAAGGACAAGAAAAAGAAGAAGAGCAAGAACCAGCAGCCCUCUCAGGAAGCAGCAUCCCAUCUGCUGCCCCUGACAGAGCCUCCAAUGGAUGGAGAGAUCUUCUUCUGCUGAUGUACCCAUUAUCCCUUCCUUCCAAAUCAUUUCCUCUCAUGGACUCCAUAUCAAGUCAUGCAGGAAGUCACCCAAAGUGCCCUCUUCUUUUUCUUGGCAUACCCCAGUUAUGACCCUGCAAUCUUACUACAAUAUAAGAGAAUGGAUUUCACAAAAUCUGUCAAGAAGAUGUACGAGUCAUGUCACACCCCAAAAUCAAGAUAUAAGAAAUUAUAUAUUUUGUUUGUAUUGUGACAUCAAUCCCCCAUUCUCAGUGCCGCAAAGCAAUACAACGAAACAUAAUUUCACAAUACACACAAAUCAUGGUGGUAUUUGGUGUAUUACCAUUCAUUUAUGCUGAUCAAAAUAAAAUAUUACUGUAGUUUUUACUAUAAUUAAAUACUGCACUACAGUUAUGAUAAUCUAAUGAGAAUCACAACUGAUAUAAAUGUAAAUGAGCCUACAAAAAUACUCAAAAGUAAAACUUAUGGACGCAUUAUGGUUAUGAGAAUUUGGGAAGAGAAAUUGCUUAAUUGUCAUGAAAAUAAUGUCACAAUGCAAAAAAAAAAAAAAAAUCUUAAUUAUCCUAAAUCCUAAAAGCAUACCAUUAGACAUAUUGGUCUUUGAUUUGCUUGCUUUUCAAUGUGUGAGUUUAGUAUAUUAGACAAAUUCGAACUUUGGAUACAUUGUUAAAAAUGUACUAGUUGCCUGAAACUAAAUGUCUCUGUACUUUGCACUCCCUUACAAAUCAAUUGUUUGUGUCAGAAGGUUUAGAAAAUGCAAAAAUAGUAAUUGUAGCGCCCCCUAUUGGCAAUAUUUUUAUGAGGAAUAAGCAUACUGGCUUAUUGCAUGUAAGAAUCACAAUUUAAUAUUUAAUUAGAUUACAAGAAAAAGGUGGUAUUGCACUCUUUCCCAUGUUUUCCAUUUUAGGUUUUUAAAGGAAUUUCACUUUUGAAAUGCCACUGAGCACUUUAACACCAUUUAAAUGUUACUCUUACCCACAAAAAUUGAAAAUACAUUUUUCAUUAGCAUUCCAAAGAUAUUGCCAUAGGUAACAUUUAAAAAAGAGUUUUUGGGGCUACUGUAUAACAUACCAAGGCAUUUCAUGCUACUUAAAGAAUCUUGAAUCCUUCUGUGUUUGAUACUUAAUAACUGUAGCAGGAUAUAUAAGCUGUUCA